AUGAUCCACAACUACCAAACCAACAACGACCAGAAGAUUGAAUUAGUAUGGGUUCCAUCGCACGUCUCCAUUCCUGGCAAUGAUCAAGCAGACCGUUGUGCCAAGGAAAGUCUGAGUCUGGAGGAUAUCGAGCCUGUAGAAUACUCCUAUUCGGAGUUCUGCAGUAUCGUAUCUUCUAGGAUCAACCAGAAAUGGUCUGACAUGUUACGGAACCUCGACACCGCAAGAUACCAGAUUGAUCCGAAGAUACCAAACCAAACCAAACCAAACCAUCCAUAUGUAGCCAUCUGCAAAGUGGCAACCAGACUCCGGACCAACAACAUACUACGAGACCAUCAGUUCAACGCCAUUAAAUGUCGCUGUGGCCACGUUGCCACAAGGUCGCAUGUCCUCAUUCAAUGCACUGAACUGAAACCCGCUCGUCUUCGAGUUUUCCAACAGAUAACAGAUAAUCUAACCAAACCAAACCAAACCAACGACUACCAUUCGACUACCACUCAACAAGAAAUACCAUCAUCAGAACAAAUUUGGAAGAAUGAAGGAGACCGAGUAACUCACGCUACACCAUCCAGGGCCGAGUUUCACCGCCAUGUCAUUCGACCCGACCAGAUCUAA